AUGAUAUCAGAUACUAGCAAGCAGAUCAAAGUGUCUGCUCCAGGCAAGGUGAUUCUAUUUGGAGAGCAUGCAGUUGUACUUGGAAAGACAUCUAUCGCUACAGGCCUAUCACUAAGAACAAACUGCACCAUUCAAUUAAUAGACGAACCAGCGUUCAUUGUCUCAUUGCCUGAUCUUGGACUGAAUCACGAACUAAAGUGGACCAAACAAGAGCUGUCCUCACUUGCCAACUACAAGAACAUUGAGUCAGUUGAUAGUUUCAAACCAUGCGAAUGUAAUAAUCAUUUCCUUGAAGAGCUAGCAACUAUACACUCGAUGAAGGGCAUUCAAUCAGCUCUCUUCUUGUAUUGUGUACUGUCAAAGCUAAAGCAUGGCGUGCACAUUCACUUCAAGUCAGACUUGCCUAUUGGUGCCGGUCUAGGCUCGUCUGGUUCAUUCAACGUUUGUCUUGUGGCAGGCCUCCUGCGCGUCUUUGAUCUGUACGCAUGUGGCGGCUGUGAGCAGUGCAAGGGUACACAUACCUGCAACGACACUCACUACACACCAUGUGCCAAGCAACUCGACCUGAUCAAUCAGUGGUCGCUUCAGGGCGAGAAGAUCAUGCAUGGCACUCCAUCGGGCAUCGACAAUGCCGUCAGCACUUAUGGUCGCGCCAUAUCAUUCACUCGCAAGGAUGGCAUCAAGCCACUGGAUAGAAUCCCUCCCCUGCGUCUAUUGAUCACAGACACCAGAGUGAGCAGAUCGACCAAGAUCUUGGUUGAGGGUGUCGUCAACCGUCAUCAGACCUACAACAAUCUUAUGGAGCCCGUUGCUGUCCUCAUUGACAACAUCUCCAAGGAGUGUCUGGCAGCCUUUGACAAGUACUUUAUUGAUUCAGAUGUGGAGCAACUUCAACAAGCCAUCGAGUUGAUGAUAGAUAUGAAUCAUGCAUUGUUGUCUGGAUGCUUUGGAGUUGGACACAAGACAUUGGACCUGAUCGCCACUGUUUCCAAACAGUUUGGACUUCACAGCAAGUUGACUGGUGCUGGUGGAGGUGGCUGUGCUAUCACACUUCUCAAGCCAACUACAGAACAGACUGUCGUCGAUCAACUAAAGGAUGAGCUCAGGAAGCAUGGAUUCGAAAGCUGGGAGGCAACCAUUGGACAGCCAGGUCUACUCUUUGAGAAAUAA